AUGUUGGAAGGAAACGAAGUAGAGAAGCGGAGAGGACUGCGAAUCAAGUGGAGUAAGAAUCAGUUCAUGAAGAAGGCUUUUUGCGAGGAUCAGGAAAUGGAAUUAGAAGGCUCUCCAAUUGCGGAGACGUCUCCCUGCGCAUAUCUCGAAGCAAAGAACAGCUUCUGCCUCGGCGCUCUAAAGGAAGCCACAGACCAACUGACGGACCCAGAGCUCCGAGCCCAUCUGUUCGAUUACUGUUCUCCCUGCGCUCUGCUACGCAGCGCUGAAACGACGUCUUUUGCAGUACAACCGGCGCACACAACAUCUCUUCGGACUUCGCAGUUUAGAUAUGAGAUCAAUGUCCCGUUUCGCGAUUCAGCGGAAUACGUAUGUAAGGCUAAACAUCGGUCAUUGGAAUGGAUCCCUCGCAAAGCAAAACGUCCUCGGGGAAGGCCACCGUCCAGAUGGGCUGAUUUGUUUGUUGCACAGAUGGACCAGCUGAAUUCCCAGCUAGUAACGAGCAAUGGAUCUGAACCUCGCGAACGGCCGCCCCAGUUCAAUGUCCAUCGUGGAUGA